AUGCCAAGUGAAGUUGAAUGUGUCUGCUGCAAAGAACUUCCUUUUUUGUCACAACUGGUAGAAGGGUUGACAUGUAUCACUCAAAAUGAAAGCUUUCGAGCAGUUUGUUUAAACCAAGAUGUGUUGUGGACAGCACUAGCGACUCUGCACGACAGGGAAAGUGCUGGUCUUCCAGACAGACAACAAGUGCCCAACAGGUCAUUUCGUUAUGCAGCUUAUGGACAGUUUACCUGGUGGGCUCAUGGGUACCUUGGCAAGAAAAUUCGACGUGUUAUCCCCUCUUGUGCAGUAAAAAUUAUCAGGGAAAAUUUUCCUUGUGAAGAUGGGAUUUACUCUUGA